GAGAAGUCGAUCUCUUUCAGGCCUCAUUUGCGGGUUGUUCAUUUGUAUUUUUUGUAAUAUAGUAAUCAAUGGGAAAUUGUGAGAAAAAAUGACAGAUUACGGAGAGGAGCAGAGGAACGAGUUGGAGGCAUUGGAGUCCAUAUACCCGGAUUCGUUUACAGUGCUUUCAGAAAACCCUUCAAGUUUUACUAUUACUGUGACUUCUGACGCAGGCGAAAAUGAUGAAACUGUUCAGACUACUUUGAAGUUUACGUAUGUAGAGACGUAUCCCGAUGAACCUCCACUUUAUGAAAUUUUUUCACAGGAUAACCUUGAAGACAGUGACAUCACAGACAUACUAACACUAUUACAGCAACAGGCAGAAGAAAAUCUUGGAAUGGUGAUGAUAUUCACAUUAGUAACUGCAGUGCAGGAAAAACUAAAUGAAAUUGUUGACCAGAUAAAAAAACGAAGAGAGGAAGAGAAGAGAAGGAAAGAGAAAGAGGCAGAGGAAGCGGAGAAGGUCCAGUUCCAUGGCACGCCUGUCACAAUUGAAAAUUUCCUCUCUUGGAAAGCAAGGUUUGAGCUCGAGAUGACAGAAUUGAAAAGGAAAAAAAUGAAAGAGGAGGAGCAAUCUGGGAAGUGUAAACUUACUGGUAAACAAUUAUUUGAAACAGACCACAAUCUUGACACAUCUGACAUUAAAUUUCUGGAGGAAGCUGGAAAUAAUGUGGAAGUGGACGAGUCUUUAUUCCAGGACAUGGACGAUCUAGAGCUCGAUGAAGACGAUCCAGAUUUUGAUCCGGCUGCAUUUGGAAGUGAUGAGGAUUAACCGUGAACUCAUACUCUGUAAGCCACAGUAUCUGUGGUUCAGCAUAAUCCAGCAUGAUCGCAUCCAUUUUGGUUUAAACGUCAGUUGUUUAUAUUCUAUUGGCUGUAAUUAAUAAACAAAUUAAAAUUUAAAAAUGAUGCAGCCUUACUUAAUCUCCUAUCAAAGUGAUGUCAAAAAUGCACCUUUUAAAAAUAAAACUUUUUAGAAACCAA